CGCUCAAAGGGUUUUUAAAGCAAACACUCGGACCCUCCUAUUUGCCUCGAAUCAAACGUAGCAAUGGCUGAAGAGGCUCCAGCAUCAGAAACAUCGGUUACAAUGGCGGCACCUGAAGUGGACGAAGCCGUAGCUCCGAACGCUCAGGAAAACGGUACCUCGAAAGAGGCAACCAUAGAGUCCAACCCUGAGGGGGGCACCGAGUCCACUUGCAACAACAACAACAACAACAACGCAGCUGAGACUUCUUCCGAAGGAGAUCGAGAAAAAUCGUUGGAGUUUGCGGACCAGUUGAUGGAUAGAGGAUCCAAGGCCAUCAAGGAUAACGAUCUAGACGAGGCCGCCGAAUGUUUCAGCCGUGCCCUAGAGAUUAGGGUUGCACACUAUGGUGAACUUGCUCCUGAAUGUGUCCUUGCAUACUAUAAAUAUGGAUGUGCACUGCUGUACAAAGCUCAGGAUGAGGCUGAUCCAUUGGGUGCUGUACCCAAGAAGGAGAGUGAUUCUCAACAAGACUCUGCUAAAGAUGGAUCUGUUAAGAAUGCUAUAAACAGGGAAUCUACAUCAGCUUCUGUUUCGGAUAAUGUUGAAGAGGAAGCAAGUACGAAUCAUCAGGAUGGAGCAGCAGAUAAUGUGUCAAGUGGAAAGGACCAAGAAGAAGAAGAUGAGGAUAGUGAUAGUGAGAAUCUGGCUGAAGCAGAUGAGGAUGAGUCUGACCUUGAUUUGGCAUGGAAAAUGCUAGAUGUUGCGAGAGCAAUUGUAGAAAAACACUCAAAUGACUCAAUGGAAAAAGUGGACAUAUUAUCAGCAUUGGCAGAAGUGGCACUGGAAAGAGAGGACAUCGAAACUUCUCUCAGCGACUACCAGAAAGCACUAUCUCUCUUAGAACGGCUGGUUGAACAAGAUAGUAGACAGAUAGCUGAACUGAAUUUCCGGAUCUGUUUGUGUCUGGAGGUUGGGUCCCAACCACUAGAAGCCAUUCCAUAUUGCCAGAAAGCUAUAUCGGUUUGCAAGUCUCGAGUGCAGCGGCUCAUGAAUGAAGUAAAUGGUGCCUCAGAAUCAACAAUUUCCUCAUCUGCUUCUGAGCUAGAUCAGGGUGGCAACUCCAAUGUGUCUCGGUCUGAUAAUUCUGCAACAGAUAAAGGAGCAGAGAUUGGAACACUCAAUGACCUCUGUGGUGAGCUGGAGAAGAAGCUUGAAGAUCUUCAGCAACUGGCCCUUAAUCCAAAGUCAAUCCUCGCUGAAAUUCUAGGGUUUGCAUCCGUUAAGUCAAGUGGCAGUGAAAAGAGUGCAUCUCCAGCAGCGUUGAACUCCUCACAGAUGGGUACUGCUAACAGCAAGGGAGAUUUUGACUCCCCAACCAUUUCCACUGCUCACACGAAUGGGUCUUCUGGAGUCAUGCAUCUGGGCGUGGUAGGAAGAGGAGUCAAGCGUGUGAACUCAGUCACAGCAGAAUCAAGUCCAACAAAGAAACCUGCAUUGGAUUCAUCAGAAAAUAAAGAUGAUAGAAAAACCUCUUGAAGGUUUUGCAUUAUGGUGGCCUUUGUUUGGGAAAGGUACCCCCAAAGUAUGGAUGAUGCGGUACCUCUCGAUCCUAUUACAAAAUGUCAUGCCAUGCCAUUAAAAUUGCUUACGUAGGCAUUAAUUUUUAAUGAUAUGGCAUCUUGUGACAGGAUGAGAGUAGCACGUGUCCAUAUUUCAAGACUACCUAAUAACUAAUCCUUUCUGUAGAUGACUUGAAUUGGUUGCAAUUGAUGACGAUAAUUAGUUGUGUGGUACGAGGGUACAAUGCUUGUUUUGUAAGGUAGGAUUCGUGGGUGACCUUGCUGUAAGGUUAGAUUGUCAGUUGUCAUGAUGUGCUGAUCGGAUGGUGCAUGCUCUAACAAGCACUAAGCUUUCAUUUGUUUCAAUUGCAUCCUGCAUCUUGACCUACAUAGCGUGGUAUAUCCCAUUAAUUCACAUUACGUUUCGUGAUCGUU